AUUGCACAAAGGGCCUACCUUCAAGUUCUCAGCUAAAAAGAAAAAGGUUCUCAGAGCUGGAAAGGCCAAAAAGAAGACGAGCAACUUCCAUAGAGUCGGGUCCGAUGAUAUCAUGGCAAUAUGCUCUUCUUUUCUCAAUUCUGAAGAGAUAAGUUCGAAUAUAAAAGAUCAUCUUCCCCUUGUUUCGAAAAACUUCCCUUGUUUUCGGUUAUCGUGUACGAAGGUGCUUCUAUAAGUUAGUUAAACUUUGGAAGAAGAGUGACAUCCUUUGGAGGAAAUUGGAGGACAGUAGGAGCCUUUUGGGGAAACGGUUCAUAAGAAAGAGAAAAGAAUGACAGGAUUGCUUCUCAUUUUCCUCUCAUUCCUAUAUAUUUUGACCUCUUUCUCUCCUUCAGAGACAUCUGCAGCAGACUCGUUGCAGAAACCUGACUCGCCAGACAGACGACUAGACAGAAAAGGGAGGAGCGACAUAAAGCACAGUGCCAACUUCGCCCAUCCCAUUCCACAUAGCAGCUAUGCUGGAGGCGGUGCACAUGGAGGGGGUGAGGGUGGGGCUAACGGCGAAACGGGAUCGUCAUCUCCAAAAGGCGGUGCAGCUGUGAUCCCCAUAUAUGCUGGUGCUGCUGGCGCUAACAACAACCACCACCAACACGCCCACCACAGUUCUGGCACCCGCAUCCAUACCCCUGCGCGAGUCCACGCCCUCACUGCAGCCGUACUGGCCCUCUGCUGUGUGUUCAUAUAGAAUGUUUGCAUUUGAUGGUGCAAAUAGCACUAUAGAUCUUUGUGUAUAUAGUAACUUAAAACUCUGCAACAAAUGCAAGUGUGUAGCCUUUUCGAACUC